CGGGCUGGGCCAUGGAGCUGCCGACAGCGGGCGGAACCGGCUGGGACAACGGGAGCGUCUGGGACCCCCUGCCCGGUCCGGAGGGCAACCAGACCGGGGUGCAGCGGGCCAAGGGUGUCAGCUCCGUCCUCAUCGCCAUCGUCAUCACCGCCCUCUACUCCGUGGUGUGCGUGGUGGGGCUGCUGGGCAACCUCCUAGUGAUGUACGGGAUCGUCAGGUACACCAAGAUGAAGACAGCCACCAACAUCUACAUCUUCAACCUGGCCCUGGCAGAUGCCGUGGCCACCAGCACGCUGCCCUUCCAGAGUGCCAAGUACCUGAUGGAGACCUGGCCCUUUGGGGAGCUGCUCUGCAAAAUCAUCCUCUCCAUUGACUACUACAACAUGUUCACCAGCAUCUUCACCCUCACCAUGAUGAGCGUUGACCGCUACGUCGCCGUCUGCCACCCCGUGAAAGCCCUGGAGUUCCGCACGCCUGCCAAGGCCAAGCUGAUCAAUGUCUGCAUCUGGGUGCUCUCCUCCCUCAUCGGGGUGCCCAUCAUGAUCAUGGCAGUCACCAAGUCAAAAGACGGGGUGGUCCUGUGCACUCUCCAGUUUCCUGAUCCUCCCAUCUACUGGGACAGGGUGACCAAGAUCUGCGUCUUCAUCUUUGCCUUCAUGAUCCCCAUCUUGGUCAUCACCAUCUGCUACGGGCUGAUGAUCCUGCGCCUCAAGAGCGUUCGGCUCCUCUCGGGCUCCAAGGAGAAGGAUCGGAACCUGCGGCGCAUCACCCGCAUGGUGCUGGUGGUGGUGGCAGCCUUCAUCAUCUGCUGGACCCCCAUCCACAUCUUCGUCAUGGUCUGGACCCUGGUGGACAUAGACAAGAAGAACCCUUACGUGGUGGCCAGCCUGCACUUCUGCAUCGCCUUGGGUUACACCAACAGCAGCCUCAACCCCGUCCUUUACGCUUUCCUGGAUGAAAACUUCAAGAGGUGUUUCCGAGAGUUCUGUCUCCCCCUGCGAGCCCGAAGGGACCAAACCACCUUCUCCCGUGCCAGGAACACCGUGAGGGAAGGUGUCUCCACCUGCACCCCCUUGGAAGCCCCCAGUAACCCGGCAUGACUAGAGGUGGGCAGCCUCCAGAGGGGCUGCCAGGACCAGGCAGGGGACGACCCGCGCUCGGAGGUGACCCAGGUGACCACCACGGAGCUCUAGCAGGGUGGGGGCUGCCCCCUAAACCCCUCCUGGGUUUUGUCCAGCCUGACAAUGAGUGACUUGCCAAUGAUCUUUGGCAUCCUGGAGAAGGCAAGAUAAGGAAUGGGGACUCACCAAGCGAUGGGAGAGGACCGAGGCAAGAGGCAGCCUGGGCAGAGCUGCUCUGGUGCUGCUCCCCACUGCUGCCAUCCCAUAACAGCUGCUGAUGGAGCCAAAUCCCAGGACACCAUGAUGGCCACAACCACCUCCUUCUCCUCCUGCAUGGGCCAGGGUGGCACCAAGAGGAGAAGCCUUCCCAAGGGAUGACCCUGCUGGAUGGUGAUGCCACAUCAUGGGGCUUCCCCCCAUCCCCCUCUGAGCCAUCUCCAAAAAACCAUCCAGAGACAGAUGGGACCAACUCAGCUUUAGAGACAGGGUCAUCAAAGAGCUCCAGAUCUGUCAAAAAAUCCCACUGGAGACUUUCAAACCAGGAUCACCCCCCCUGGAGGACAAUUUAAUGCUGUUAAUGUCACUGCUGUAUUAAUUAGAGAGCUCAGCCUGCAGCCAGGGCAGCCCGAGACACAGAGGUGACACUGGGGAUGGGGACACAGCCAGGGGAUGGGUGUGGGGACAGAGCAGGACACGUCCUCAGCUCACCCUGGAUCCAAUUCCCUCAGGACCCAUCAGGAGGAAGGAGCUGCUCCUCACCCCUCUGCCUCCAAAGACAUCAAACCCAGCAAAGAUCUCAUUGCAGGAGCAUCCUGUGGGGUCUCGAGGGGUUUCUGGUGGUGCUAAUGUCAUUAGGAUGGACUUACAAGGCUGG